AUGGUAGGUGUCCUUGCCGACGUCGUCGAGGUCGUUGUGCUUGCCACCGGCACGGAUGCACUUCUGACUGUUGGCGGCACGCUUCAGCUUGGCCUGCUCGCUGCGGGGGUCAGCCUGUCCGAGGAAGAUUGGCUUGAACUGAUUCAUACCAGCGUUGGCAAACAACAACGUUGGGUCAUCAUGUGGCACCACCUGUGA